AUGGCCUUCACUGACCUGCUAGACGCCCUGGGUGGCGUGGGCCGCUUCCAGCUCCUCUACACAGCCCUGCUUCUGCUGCCGUGCGGCCUGCUGGCCUGUCACAACUUCCUGCAGAACUUCACGGCCGCCGUGCCCUCUCAUCACUGCCGAGGCCCCGCCAACUUCACCACAGCUGCCACCAACGACUCAGGAGCCUGGCUGAGGGCCACUGUGCCUCUGGACCAGGUCGGGGCUCCUGAGCCUUGCCAGCGCUUCACUGAGCCUCAGUGGGGCCUCCUGAACCCCAACACCUCCGUGCAUGGGGCUGCCACAGAGGGCUGCCAGGACGGCUGGGUCUAUGACCACAGCGUGUUCCCAGCCACCAUAGUGACGGAGUGGGACCUGGUGUGUGAGGCCCGCACCCUGCGUGACCUGGCACAGUCCAUCUAUAUGGCUGGCGUGCUGGUGGGCGCCGCCGUGUUUGGUAGCCUUGCGGACAGGCUGGGCCGCAAGGGCCCCCUGAUCUGGUCGUACCUGCAGCUGGCGGUAACCGGGGCCGCCGCGGCUUAUUUCAGCUCCUUCAGCGCCUACUGCGCCUUCCGCUUCCUGACCGGCAUGACCUUCUCGGGUAUCAUCCUCAACUCGCUGUCGCUGGUCGUGGAGUGGAUGCCCACCCGUGGCCGGACGGUGGCGGGCGUCCUCCUUGGCUACUCCUUCACCUGUGGCCAGGUCGUCCUGGCGACAAUGGCAUACCUGAUCCGCCCCUGGCGGUGGCUGCAGUUUGCCGUCUCUGCUCCUUUCCUGAUCUUUUUCCUCUAUUCUUGGUGGCUGCCAGAGUCACCUCGGUGGCUCCUGCUCCAUGGCAGGUCCCAGAUAGCGGUGCAGAACCUGGGGAAGGUGGCGGCGAUAAACGGGAGAAAGGACGAAGGGGAGCGGCUGACCAAGGAGGUGGUGAGCUCCUACAUCCAGAGUGAGUUUGCAAGUGGCCGCACCUCUAACACAGUCUUGGACCUGUUCCGAACCCCAGCGAUCCGGAAGGUCACAUGCUGUCUUGUGGUGGUCUGGUUCUCGAACUCAGUGGCUUACUACGGCCUGGCCAUGGACCUGCAGAAGUUCGGGCUCAAUAUCUACCUGGUGCAGGUCCUGUUUGGGGUCAUCGACAUCCCAGCCAUGCUGGUGGCCACCACCACCAUGAUUUAUGUGGGGCGCCGAGUCACAGUGGCCUCUUUCCUCAUCCUGGCUGGGUCCAUGGUAAUCAUCAACAUGUUUGUGCCAGAAGGAAUUAUCCUUGAAAAGGGUGGAGGAUCGAUUAAACGAAGCCGAGGAGAAGCAGGGAGAGCCAAGGGGGGCCCUGCCUUGAAGGAUGUGGAAGAGAAGAGCGAAGAAAUUUCUCUCCAUCAGAUGGGAGCGUUUGCCCUCAAAGAAACCAUCUAA